AUUUGCAAUUUUGCACGCACACACAAAAGCAGCAUCUUGGCUGCAUCAUUUGACAGUAGAUUGUCGGGGAUUUCGGUUGGAUAUCGAGAUCUAAACCCUUUCAUCCUGUUUUUGGAACAAUAGUUUUCAAUACCUAGUUUAUAGUUAGUAGCGUUUUAUACAAUAAUGUCGGAAGAAUUCAAACUGCCACAUAGAUCGCGGAAGCGCCUUCGAGAAGUGAAACGGAAAGCCCGACCAGAGUUGAACGAGAAAGGGUCAUGGACGGCACAAGGCUACGCGAAUAGGUUCGACGAAUUCAAGAAGUUCACCGACAAUGUGGGCAGGAUCCAUGUGAAUACAGUGAGCUGCGCGGAAUUUAUUGAGCAAUAUGAGAGACCGUACAAACCUGUUGUUAUCGAAGGCGUAGCGGACAAUUGGAACGCGCGGCACAAGUGGACGCUGGAUAAGUUGGCGAAAAAGUAUCGUAACCAGAAAUUUAAAUGCGGCGAGGAUAACGAAGGCUACAGCGUGAAGAUGAAAAUGAAGUAUUACGUGGAGUACAUGAAAACCACGAAAGACGAUAGCCCGUUGUAUAUUUUCGAUAGCAGCUUCGGAGAGCAUCACAGACGUAAAAAGCUUUUGGAUGACUACAGCGUGCCAGUCUAUUUUCAAGAUGACUUAUUCAAAUAUGCAGGUGAAGAUCGUCGUCCACCGUAUAGAUGGUUUGUAAUGGGACCAGCACGUUCCGGUACCGGAAUCCAUAUUGAUCCUCUCGGUACAAGUGCCUGGAAUACAUUAAUAGUCGGUCACAAGCGUUGGUGUCUCUUUCCCACGCACACACCAAAGGAACUCAUUAAAGUUACUGGUGGUUUAGGGGGUAAACAACGCGACGAAGCUAUAACAUGGUUUAAUGUCAUUUACCCAAAAACUAAAUUACCAAAUUGGCCAGAAGAUUGUAGACCGUUGGAAAUUCUACAAAAACCCGGUGAGACGGUGUUUGUACCCGGGGGCUGGUGGCAUGUAGUGCUGAACUUAGAUGAUACCAUUGCAGUAACACAAAACUUCUGCAGUAAAACGAACUUCCCAAUCGUGUGGCACAAAACAGUUCGUGGACGACCAAAACUGUCACGAAAAUUUUUACGAAUACUUCGGGAAAAGGAGCCUGAAUUAGCGAAAUUAGCUGAAAGUAUUAAUAUUGAAGAAAGUACUGGUGUGGCGUCAGACAGCUCAAGCAAUUCAAGUUCGUCGUCAUCAUCGUCAUCCGGUUCGAGUGAUAGUGAAGACAGUUGUUCGAAUACUGAUAGCGGCCAAGAAAGUUUAAGUGCGAAAAAGAAGAAGCGAAAACGUAUGGCUGGGCCGCAUGACAGGGGUAAUGGUGGAGCUGGCAGCAGCGGCAGGAGUGUGAUGUCCUAAUAUUCGCGAUGUGCGAGUGUGGAGGAAAUAGGCCAAAAGUAAUAACUAAACCAAUACCUCUGUAUUGUUCAAAACUUUUAAAUUCGAACAUGUCUUUAUUAUUAUAAUUAUUUUCCAUUAUUUAUGUAGAAAAAUGUUUCCGUUUCAUGUUAAAUAUAAGCUUUAUUUUACACCACGUUUCUAUAUA